AUGGCGCAUCGCAGACACCGAGUUGUGGUGAACGCCCACCCAGGGUCGUCGGCGCAGGAGAUCGAGGACGAGCCAGACUGGUCAGGCGGACACCAGCACCGCGUCGGCUUCCGCAACCGCGACGACCGCGCGCCAGGCUUGGCACCCGGCAGCAGCAUCGACAUCGACGAAACGGAGCACGAGCACGAGCAGGACGUUGCCCGUGCAAAGGCUCAGCUCGAGACGCUCCGCGAGGAGAGGAGCGCAGGCCGCCUCGUCAACUUUCGCGAGGUCGUCGAGCGCCAGGAGGACUUGCACCUGCGCUACCCGGCUGACAGGCCCAUCGGCUGGCGCUACGUGCUCAACGAGACCGAGGACUGGGUCAAGAACGAGCAGGACUGGCCCGCCAACGCCAAGAAGCGCAGUCAGCAGGAGCAGCAGCAGCAUGGCGAUGACAAGAAGGAGCACGAGGACGACGGCAAGAAGGAGCACGGGAGCGCCGAGACUGAGAAGAAGCCGAAGCCGACGGAGGAGAAGCAGCAUGAGCCAAGGAGCGACGGCGGCGGCGGCGGCGAGGGCGACAAGCAGCGUAGCCCUCAGGAGCAGGCGCUCUUGGAGAACCUCAAGGGCGAGUCCGAGUAUGUCGCGGGCUUGCAGAUCAACGACGGCAGCGGACACGCCAUGCCGCGCGAUCUUCGGAACCGCACCGAUAUCUCCAUCGACGAGCAGGAUCAGUUCAGCCCGGACAACUGGCUUCCGCGCGCAACCGGUCUCGUGCGGCUGACGGGCAAGCACCCCCUCAACGCCGAGCCGCACCUGACCGAGCUGUUCGACGCCGGCCUCAUCACGCCCAACGAGCUUCACUACGUCCGCAACCACGGCUCGGUGCCGCGCAUCCUGUGGGAGCUGCACCGCGUCGACGUCGAGGUCGACCGCGACCUUGGUCUCGGGCCGGGUGCGCGGCUUUCGCUCUCGAUGGACGACAUCAAGGACGACUUCGAGGCGGUUAGCUUCCCGGUCUACCUCGCCUGCGACGGCAACCGGCGCAAGGAGCUCAACAUGAUCCGCAAGGGCAAAGGCUUCAACUGGGGUGCCGGCGCAGUCGGGUGCGCCUACUGGAAGGGCGCGCUGCUGCGCGACGUGCUCGCCUCGGCAGGCAUCGUGCCGGACGAGGUCGAUGCGCAGCUGCAGUCGCGGCAGCUGUGGGUCAAUUUUGCCGGCCAGGACGAGCUCAGCGAGGGUACGUACGAGACGUGCAUCCCGCUCGCGUACGCCAUGAACUCGCACAACGACGUCCUCCUCGCGUACGAGAUGAACGGCGUCAACUUGCCGCCGGACCACGGCUACCCCGUCCGCCUCGUCGUCCCGGGCUUCGUCGGCGGCCGCUGCGUCAAGUGGCUGCGGCGCAUCUGGAUCACCGAGCGCGAGAACAGCUCGCACUACCACAUCUGGGACAACCGCGUCGUGCCGGCUUUCGUCCGCAGCGCCGACGAGGACGACCCAAUCGCCCACACCAUGUUCCAUCACCCGGACACCAAGUGCAACGAGCAGAACCUCAAUUCGGUCAUCGUCCGCCCCGAACACGGCGAGACCGUCAGCUUCGGCUCCGCUGCAGGUCGGCGCUCGUACCGCGUCCAGGGAUACGCCUACGACGGCGGCGGCCUCGAGGUGCAGCGCGUCGAGGUCUCGCUCGACGGCGGCGACGAGUGGCUCUACUGCAUGCGCACGUUCCCGGACCAGCCCGUCCGCCACGGGACCAAGUUCUGGACGUGGCUGCACUGGCACGUCGACGUCGACAUGGCGCAGCUCCUCAACGCCAAGAGCAUCACCGUGCGAGCCUUCAACUCGACCAAGAACACGCAGCCCGAGCGGCCCGUCUGGAACAUCAUGGGCAUGAUGAACAAUAGCCAGUACGUCGUGCGGUCCGAGGUGCAGCAGCGGCAGCAGCAGGGACAGGACGGCCUCUCGGUUGUCUUCCGUCACCCCGUCGAGCCCGGUACCGGCGAAGGCGGCUGGAUGCAGCCGAGCGAGGAGAACAAGAUCGCCCAGGCGAAGCAAGAAGCCGGUACGCCCGAGAAGCAGUUCACCCGCGAGGAGAUCGAGAAGCACAGUCGCGCCGACGACUGCUGGAUCGUCGUCGACGGCAAGGUCUACGAUGCGACGAGCGUGCUCGACUGGCACCCGGGCGGCAAGGCCGCCAUCCUCUCGCACGCCGGAAAGGUCCACCAGCAGACGACGGACGAGUUUGCCAGCAUCCACGACGACUACGCGUACGGGAAGCUGAAAGACUGCAUCCUCGGAUCGGUCACGGACAAGGCCAAGCAGUUCAUCAAGCAGUCGGCCGAGGCUGCCGCCAAGGAGGCUGCGGCAUCCGGCGGCAAGGACGCGGACCAGAAAUUGGCGCUGAAGAAGCAUCGCUGGGUCCCUGUCCGCCUGCUCGACCGAAGCGAGGUCUCGCACGACACGCGCAAGUACACCUUCCAGCUGCCGGACGGCAAGGACACGCUCGGAUUGGGGACGUGCCAGCACGUCCUCAUCGGCUUCCACAUGCCGGACCGGAUGCUCAUCCGCAGCUACACGCCCACCCGCCCGCUCUUGCCUGCUCGUACCGCCGACCGUACAGAGGGUAGCGGCGCAGUGAGCGGCGUCGAGGACGAGCGCGAGACGCUGCAAGACGGCCAGGGCACCUUCGACCUGACCGUCAAGACCUACUUCCCCGACACCAACCAGCCCGGCGGCGCCCUCUCAAACAUCCUCGACUGCAUCCCGAUCGGCGAGGACGUCGAGAUGCGCGGUCCGACUGGCGACAUCGUCUACGAAGGCAACGGCACCUUCACUCUCGGCGAGGGCCAGCAGCGCCGCUUCUCGCGCGUCUCGCUCGUCCUCGGGGGGUCCGGUAUCACCCCAGGCUUUGCGCUCAUCGCCCGCAUCCUUCUCUCGGCCAAGGACGACACGCAGCUGCGCGUCGUGGACGCCAACAAGUCUGAAGACGACAUCCUCCUGCACGCCGAGUUGGACCGCUUCGAGAAGGAGGCGAAGGAGGGACAACUGCGCAUCACCCACGUGCUGAGUCACCCGGCAAGCGACGACUGGACCGGCCGCCGUGGCCAUGUCGACGCCGACCUCCUCCGCGACGCCCUCUUCCCGCCCGACAAGGACUCUGUCGUCUUCCUCUGCGGUCCGCCCGCCAUGAUCCAGAAGGCGGCGCUUCCGGCACUGCGAGACUGGGGCUACGUCGAGGACGAGAACAUGUUUGGUUUCUAG